CUCGUGCUUCCCGAAGAGCCUCCAGCCUCUCCGGCGUGUUCUGCCCAAUUAUAGAAGAUGGGCGCCCCGAGUUUGCUCAAACCUUCGCGCGCCGGUACGUAGGUAGCCCUACAUUGGCCGUGCGUGUCUUUCUGACGUCUCAGCAUUUGCUUAGCAUUACAAAAGCGUACAUGCAGGACAUGCUAAUGUCAGGUACCUCCCCAAGAUGCCAACUGCCUUGCCCAUGUGCAGACUAGCUCAGCACCAGCGGCACCAGCCGGGACAGUCCGCAGGCCCCUCGUAACACGCCCUGGAAGCUUAUUAUAAGCCGACCAAGCCGUUAGCCCUCACAUUUACCCGCCUCUUGGGGCCUUCUAGAAACUCUCCUGCAUCAUCAUCCAGCAUCCAAGAUAUCCGCCGACGUCAAAGUCACAACAUAUGUUUUCUUGGGUUCCGAUCCGCCAUUGAUUAUCAUUUCGCCAAGAUCCAAUCCCGUCGAGUCGAGGCAAGCAAACGCAGAAUAACCUCACCCUUGGGCACCUUAUUCGCACCCAUGGAGGGGUACUGCACGACGGCGGCAGCCUGAUCAGUCAAGUUGAGGCACAGAGAGAGAGACGGAAAGAGAAAGACUAUGGACAUGCUGCCGGGGCUGAAGACGGCGGCGGCGGCGGCCCACAGCCGUUCAUAUGGGGGCAACAACGCAUUCCACAACUUCGCAAAUGACUACUCCCACAUCCAAGAUCCCAACCUGCGGAGGAGGCUCGCGCUAUCUGAGAUCGACAGGACGCCUUUUGGUUCAUAUCACAUAAGGGCCGUGUUAAUAGCCGGGGUGGGCUUCUUUAUCGAUAGUUAUCAAAUAUUCGCCAUCAAUCUCGUCACGGUCUUCCUCGGCCUGGUAUUUUGGUCAGGCUCCCCAGAGGACUCGCGAAAUGGCUUCGGCGGCAGCUUCGGCCAUCUCCCUACCUCGGUCAACCAGGCUCUGAAGGCAUCGACGAGUGCGGGAAUAGUAGUUGGCCAGGUUCUAUUCGGAUGGCUGGCUGAUUAUCUCGGUCGCCGAAAGAUGUACGGCUUUGAGCUUGGCAUCAUACUGGUGGCCACGUUGAACUUUGCGUUGGCAAGCCCAAGCCCAUCGGUAAACUCCACAGCCGUAUUGAUAUUCCACCGCGUUAUAAUGGGUGUUGGUAUCGGUGGUGAUUAUCCUCUAUCAUCCGUCAUUACAUCCGAAUACGCCCCGACACGAUUCCGAGGCGCAAUGAUGGCCAGCGUCUUCUCCAUGCAGGGCUUUGGUCAACUCAUGGCCGCUAUCGUCGCAUUGAUCACGACAGUAGCAUUCAAGGACUCCUUCUCUGGCAUCACAGAUGUGUCCGAGUGUGACUCGAGGUGCCAGAUUGCGGCGGACAGGUGCUGGCGCCUCAUCGUUGGCGUCGGCGCGCUGCCAGCCGUCUUCGCAUUGUAUUACAGAAUCACUAUUCCGGAAACUCCCAGGUAUACAUUCGAUGUGGUUCAUGACGUGGAGAAGGCCGACAGCGAUAUCAACUCCUUCCUCAGCAAGUCCAAAGGAGAAAUCGACAUUGUGCGGCAGGCUCGUUUACUCAAGGUGGCUGGACCGUCCCUAAACACUCCGGCGGCUUCCUGGCGCGAUCUGGUUUCAUAUUUCGGACGUUGGAAGAAUGCCAAGGUUCUCCUUGGGACAACGCUCAGCUGGAUGUUCCUUGAUCUCGCAUUCUACGGCCUAGGCCUGAACAACUCCAUCGUCCUCUCAGCAACAGGUUACGUCAACGGCGAAACUCUGUACCACAAACUCUACAACAACGCAGUGGGCCUUAUAAUCUUGUCCGUUGCCGGCUCGCUCCCAGGCUACUGGACCGCCAUCUUCACCAUCGACACCAUAGGCCGGAAACCCCUCCAGGUCGGCGGGUUCCUGAUCCUCACCAUACUAUUCUGCAUCCUAGGCUUCGCAUACCACCGCCUCAACGCGGGCUCCAUGUUCGCGCUCUACAUCAUCGCCCAGUUCUUCUUCAACCUGGGCCCCAACACAACCACCUUCAUCGUGCCGGGCGAGUGCUUCCCCACCCGCUACAGAGCCACAGGUCACGGCCUGUCCGCCGCAUCAGGCAAGAUAGGCGCCAUCAUAGCCCAGAUAAUCUCCCUCCCGCUCAUGACCAAGAGGAACGGCGGCAGCAGCAGCGCCCGCCUGGACACGCUGAUGCAGAUCUUUGCCCUCUUCAUGCUUUGCGGGCUAUUCACCUCCUUCCUCAUCCCCGAGACCAAGGGGCUCACGCUCGAGGAGCUGGCCGGCGAGCCACCUACGAGCUAUAACUCGGGCCGCAACGGGAGCGUGUCGUUCGACGCGGCACCAAGAAAGCGCUGGAACCCCUUCGGCGGCGGCAAGCCCGCCGGGUUCUCGUACUCGCGCUCCAGGGGGGCCAGGAGGUCCUGGAGGCGGUGGGCGGACGCGUCGUCGCCCACCUCGCCCACCGCCUCGGCCGCAGCCGCCCUCUCUGAUCCGGAGACGUGCAAGCCUGUGCCGGCGAGGAGUCAGUGGUGGCGGAGGAAUCUCACCCGGCGGCACGGGUCGGGCGGCGGGCACAACAGUGGUGACUUUGGAAUGAGAAGCAGCACCUCAUCGACGAGAAUUAUUGGUACCAGCGGUCUUAUCACCCCUCCGCCGGCCAGUUCCCCUGCUUGGAAUGCAGGCUGGGGCCGGAUAGAACUUGUCAGGCCACCGGACAAUAUCAGGUUAGAAGAUGUGGGAGGUCUCGCCACCUAGUAGAGUAGAGGGACUGUGGAGAUAAUACGAGAUCCGGUUGAAGCGGUCACAGGCUCUCCAUCAGUAAAUACAAAAUGACUUUCUUUGCAAAUGAGGAGAGAUAGAUAUCUUGCUGUAAUUCUUCCAUAUUUACCUUGGCCCAUUAGCGUAUCUGUACCACCAUUGCAUUUUUGUGCAGAGGCCACACGAACAGUCAAGCGGUAGCACGGAGCAUGCUGUCAUUGGCAAGGCUCAGGAUAUUGGAAAUAUGUUAUAUUUUGA